AUGGAUGGGUCUCCAUUGUCAUGGAGUGAGUUUAAGAGGAGAUUCUUCUCCUACUAUUUUCCUACCUCCUUCAGAGUUGAGAAAGAGGCUGAGUUCUAUCGGUUGCAACAAGGGAACAUGAAUGAAGAAGAGUUCAUAGCUAAGUUUAAUGAGUUGUCCAAAUACUCGACCUACUUGAGGAAUCAUAAUGAUGAUGAUCAGAGGUCUGCUAUUCUUAGUUAUGUGUUUGCUAUGAUAAGAGAAGAGGCUGAAGCUUCCCUGAAGCUUAUCCAUGGUAUGAUUUCUUUAAGUAAUCAACAAAUUUAUGUUUUAUUUGAUUCUGGUACCACUUACUCGUUUGUCUCCAAUGAGUGUGCACAAAGACUGAAAUUGCAUGUGGUUGAAAUGCCUUUCAUGAUGAAUGUGUCUACAUUGGCUGGUGCUUCAUUGUCUGCUAAUAGAGCAAUGUUUGAUUGUAUUAGAAAGAUAGUUUCAUUGCUAGUGUACAUGGCAACUACAAUGAAUAAUAAGACUACACAUUUUGUACCUGUUACUACUCUGGAGACUCCCAAGUUCAUAUUAGUAGUACAAAUGGAGAAAUCAAUAAAGGAAGGAUGUCAAGCUUUCAUCGUGUUUUGCUUAAUACAUGGAGUAUACGAUGGAGCAAUAGACAAGAUUGGAGUUGUCAAUAAGUUUCCUAAGGUGUUUGCAGAUGAAGUGUCAGGAUUGCCACCAAAGAGGGAGAUUGAGUUCUUAAUCGACUUGGUACCUGGUACAGAGCCAAUCUCUAAGGCUCCAUAUCGGAUGGCUCCAACAAAAUUAAAUGAGCUUAAGAAGCAGCUAGAGGAGUUAUUAGAGAAGGGAUUGAUUAGACCUAGUGUUUCACAUUAG